AUGUACGAUGGGCAGGAGGGGCACGGCGACGACGUCCAGCCGUGGCUCAGGCCUCCAACAAGAGGCCGGCUGCUCUCGUUGAUUCCGGAGCUGACAGACGACGCCCAUGAUGCGCAUGCCAGAUCGACUGCUUGUGGCGUGGCGCAGGCCGCCCAAAGACGGUCGGGUGACGGCUCGGUGGAUGACACGACAUCAUCGUCCCUCUCGACAGACAUGCGGAGCGACUUGGCAAUCCCGACGGCGUUAUACUCUACGGGAAGCCGCCAGCAGGACCACAUCCGAGGCAGUCACACAGUGGAAACCAUGGUUCGCAACGCAUUUUGGGAGAGGCGGCGCAGGCGCUUUCGUAGUGGCGACAAGGGGCGGAGGCCGAUGAUGGACAGGCGGCACGAUCGGGCUCGGUACAGGAACCGCAUCGCGGCUCUGCGAAAGAGCCGGGCCAUUCGCCAAGCCGUGGCGAAGCAGAAUCGCGAGCAGCUUUCGCAGGACUUGUCGACGGAACAUAUUGCCAGUCGAGACUUUGCAUCGCUCACUGCAACCGGAGUCACGCCGACGGAGAGCCAUGCCACAGGAGACGACGCUGCGUCGCCGACGGAACGGGCGGCGCAGGCGGAUCUCGGGACGCGUCUUGCGUUGGCGGCCGGCUUCGACGCCAGAACGAGCCAAGUGGACGACAAUGGCGACGGAGGCGACGAGCUGGAGGGAGCAGCAGGCAAGGCACGCAGGAAGACGACAGAUUCUAUUGCAGUAGAGCCUCUUGGGGUGGAUGCACCAGACGUGGACGAAGAGACAUGGAGCGCUCUGCAGGUGCUUUGUUCAUGGUGCACGUGCGGUGGCAGACGGACAAGGAAGAGGAUGCAGAGCCAAGACUGA